AUGUGUGUGCGCUCGCUCGGUGUGGUCAAUAUUACGAUGUGUUUGUAUAUUAUAUGUUUAUUUAAUUUCAUUAAACCAAAUAGAUAAACACACCAACGCACGGACAAUUGUUUGGUUGUCGUACAUACAUUUUAAUGCAUAAUCUAAUUCCACCCUGUCUAGCUUGACUCUCAUUCGUUAGGUCAUAGAAUGAGCGAAUACGUAUCUCUUCCACUCAUUUAAUUCAACCGCGUUAUAUGCGUCAGUUGCACGGUUAGGCCAAAAUUUGGAUUAUUACAUUGUAUUAAUCAACCAAAUUUUGAAGUUUCUCUAAUAUUUCACUAUUCUGGUUUGCUGCAUGUCAUUUGGCCCUACUAAUUUAUCACAGUUUCCAGCUAUGUUAGCAACCGCACAAACUGGAGGUCCAACUGCGUUUGUUGCAAUUAACAACAUGUUUCCUGCCUCUCCAUCUUCGUUAGCAAAUUCUCCUGGAACAAUAUUGUCAAUGUCAACAAAUAUGAUGCCUUCAAAUAUUAAUUCAACGCAAACGUUAAACCCCGGAUCAUUUCUACUGCCACCUUCUAACUUCCCUCCAAAUCCGGCAAAUCUCACAUGUACAGUUCCGCUAUCGAGUCCACCACAACUUCAGACGCCAAUUCUUCCAUUCUUCGCACCUACUUCUGGUAAUCUCAUGCCAUCCAACUCUUCAUCUCUAUCUAUGCCGUCGCCAUUCGGUGCUCCUAUGUCUCAUUUUGUUCAUCCAGGACACAGUAAUUCACUUUCCACGUUUUCUUCAUCUGUAUCUACAUCUGGAAACCCAUCUACACUGCCUGUAUCUUUAUUUCCAUCUAAUAAUCAAAUGCCAUCAGGCAUCUUGUCUUCUCAACCAAUGGUACUACCUACACUCCCUGUAGCAUUUAGUAAUCAAGCUCAAACAAACUCUGUCGGUGUCUUACCCAUUCCCAUAGGAAUACCCCAAUCCCUGCCAUCUAACUCAAUAACAGAGACAACGAAUUCUUUUCUCGUAUCAUCCUCCAACUAUACAACACCAAUUUACACAGCAACCUUAUUCCCUUUAAAUAAUCCUACUAUUUUGCCGAUCACAACAGUAGCCAGUUUGUCUUCCAACCCAAAUGCAACAUCUUAUCUCCCAUCUACCAAUGGUGAUCAUGCUUCGGCAAUAUCGUCAAAAAAUGAAAAACCUCUUGUUUCAGUCCCUGCAAAAGUUGGUAAUGUUAGAAAUCUACAGGCUUUAGAAGCAGUUGACUUUCAUCGAGAUGCCAUUUUGGAUGCUAUUGAUAAGUUGCGUGAAAGAAAAGCUCGACCUGAUUUUGAACGUAUCUCUUGUCUCUUAAAAAGACAUCAAAACAUAAAUUCAGAACAAACUCAUUUAUGCCUCCAACGUCUUGCUGAUGCUGGAGCGGUUGUAUGCGUUGAUUACAAAGGUAAUUUAAGCUAUCGGAAUCCGUCGAAAUGGCGUAAAACAGCAGCGACUUCCGGUACUGGUAAUACUAAUUUGCCUAGUGUAAGUCAUAAACUAGUUGAUGCUAUUCGUAGUCUCAUGGAAAGUAAUUUGUCGAGUCAAUCAACACAGUCAUGUACUAAUUUAAUUCCAUUUUCACAACCAGGACCAAAUGGUGGUUACAGUCUUUUUCAAGUUGAACGAGCUUUACAAUUUUUAAGUGAUUUAAAUGGUUCACCUAAAUCGAUCCCAGAGUUAACUGGAGCAACUCUUCGUGUCUGUCUCGAUCGUGAAGCUACUCAUGGAAAACUAGCUAAAACAUCAGAUGGACGUUAUAUAUUAGACGAGACAGGAGAACAUAAAAAAGCCUAUAUGAGUAAUAGUAAUAUGCAUACACCUUUAAUGUCUAAUAAAAAGCUACUCCCACCUAAUACUUCAUCCGGUGUUUACCAAACCUCCAAUGGACAAUGUUCUAAAGUGACUAAUAAAUCCGGACCAAUUGACCGUAAUAUUACACCUACACGACUUCAUCCUCUAGCAGCUAAACAAACUCCUAAUAUCACUAAUGGAAAACCUGUUAAUUUAUCGCUUACACCUAAUUUUUCAAUGCCUCCGUUGAGUUCCGGUAGAAGAGGACGUCCACCGGGUUCAAAAGCUAAGAAAAUUUCUAGUGAGAUAAAUUUAUGUGAAAAAAAAAUAAAAGUUGAAAAUUCCUCAACUGCAUAUGGAAACACAACUACUCCUGGCGGAGUAGAUUCCAAUACAUGUAAUGGAUUAAAUACUCCUUCCUUAUAUAUAUCUGAUGCAAAUUCAAGUGGCCUAGUUCCAACAUCAUGUUUUACUUCACAUGCAACUAGUGAACUUCCAUUUUCUUCAACAAUUCCAGUUCUACCUUCUAGUUCUUUUAUCACUGUAAUUGCUUCUACCAGUAAUAACUGUCCGAAUAUUUUACCUGGAACUAUUCUACCUACCCAUUUUUCUGCAGCAUCAAGUAUACCUAUCGAUUCUUCUCUGAUGACGACUAUUUCAUCUCCAUUUUUGUCGUUUCCAUUAUCUCAAAGCUUAUCAUUACCACCCUUGUUUUCUAAUACAUCGAAUUUAUCGCAUGAUUUUACUAAUCCUCAGCUAACUAUGCCUUUAAAACCUGAUAAUAUAUUAACACCUGAUUCAUUUAUGUCUGACAUGAAUUGUGAUACAAUUGACAAACAAGAGGAGAAAGAUGGUCCUAUUUGUUAUUGUUGUGGUGGUCCACCAACAUGUGAAGAAGCCUUUCUUGUAUGUAAGGACUGCGGUCUUAACGCUCACCCAACUUGUUUAGAUUAUUGGCCAGAAUUAACAGAACGUGCACGCCAAUCCCCAUGGCAGUGUUCAGAUUGUAAAACUUGUACAGUUUGUAAUAAUAGUGAAUACAGAAGUGACUUAAUUAUCUGUGAUGCUUGUGACAAAGGCUUUCAUAUUGAAUGUCAUCGACCGAAGCUUGAAGAGUCUAUAGAUCGUAGUCUUCCUUGGGUUUGUGCAAGUUGUCAGGAUGAAGGUUAUCGUGUAGCUAUUGGUACACUACCAUCUGGUAAUAAUAAUCAAAAUUACUCGUCACCUAACAAAACUAAAGAAUCUAAUGAUGAUCUUAUGAAAACCCCUUUGAAAGAAAUUAAUUCGUCUUAUGAAUAUAUUAAAACUGAAUCAAAACAGGAAAUAAAUGAGUCCGGUGUGGAAGAAAAUAUUAUUAAAUCUGUUGAAUCUUCACCACAUUCCACAGUUGGCCAGCAUCUCACAACGACUACUUCCAAUGCCAUUUGUAAUGAAAAUUUUCCAGCGGAUAUAAAUUCCACAGGUCAUUCAUCGGUUGUAUUGACACCAACUAAAACUUGUUGUUCCACAUCGCCAAAAUUAAAUGAGCCAAAUAAUAGCAAUAAUAAUAGUACUAAUAUUUCCACAAAUAAUAAUAGUACUACAUGUGGAAUAAACCCUGUGCAGUUAGAUGGUGAAUGCCUGCAUGAAAAGAAGUCUUCUACAUCAAUACAAGAAGAUGCUACAGACAAUGACAAAAAAACAUCACCAAUUUCGUCUAAUUCUACAUCAGAUCUUCAUUUGAAAUCAUGUUUAGAAGAUAAUGAUAAUAAUAAUAGUAAUAAUAAUAAUAACAAUAAUAAUGACACUAGCAAUAUUAAAGAAAUUAAAAAUGAAAUUGAAAAUACUAGUGAAUCGAAUAUGAUUAUAAAUGGUGAAAACCAAGCAAUACCAUCAAAUAAUAACCGUUCAACAGAUGUAAGUAUAUGGUCAGUGGAUCAUGUUCAACAAUGGUUAUUAGAAGAGGGUUUUCCACGUGAAGCUGAAGCAUUUUAUCAACAAGAAAUUGAUGGUACUUGUUUGUUAUUAAUGAAGCGUAUGGAUGUGCUGACGGAACUUGGGAUUAAACUUGGUCCAGCAGUUAAGAUUUAUGAAAGAAUAAAACGUUUUCAGUCACAAUGUGGUUCACCAACCUAGGGAAGAAGCAGAAGAAACGACUAUUCCUUGUUUUGUAUAUACAUAUAUAAAUAUAUAUUAUCCAUUUGCCUAAAAACAUUAAUUUCCUUACAGGUGUUUUUAAAAAAAAAACUAUUGCUAAUAUUAUUAUUAUUGUUUACAUUUGAUUAUUAAAAUAGGUUCUUUAAUUUUAAUUAAACAUUUGUACAAGUUGUUAUAACUUUGAGAGGAAAAAAGUGCUUCCAUACAAUGAGUCUUUUUUCUUAAUUUGGAAAGUAAAUCUCAUGUAUUGUCAAGUUUCAUCCGUUGUUUCGCUCUUAAACGCUAAGAAAAAUCAAUUUUUAUAUAUUGUUAAACAGUGAGAUGCAAGUUUACACAUAAUCUGUAUGUCUAUGAGUCAUAGUCUUAUUCUCAGCAAAAGACCUUGAAUUCGACUUUCGUAUAUGUUGACAUUAUAAAUCCCAAGAAAAAUCUUACUUUAAUCUCUGAGUUAUCAAAAAGGCCAGAAAUAUGUACAUGAAGUGAUUAAUUACACAUGCAUCGAACUUAGGAAGGUUUAUUUUUUGUUUAUAAUUCGUGGCUAUAUUUCAUUAACAGUUAUUCAUAUGGUUAUCUGUUACCCACCUAUCUGUCAGUUCCUUCGUCGUAAGCGUUCAUGAAUAAUUAUUGUCAAAGCUGUUUUUUCUUAUCAUAGCUAUUUAUAUUUAGCAAUUAUGGCGUCGAAGCUCGCCUUGUUAGAAUUGUUUCCCUUUAAACUUUAAUUAUUUCUUGAUAUCCAUAAGAGACAGUCACGGUACCCCAAUUUUGCAAUUAUAUUCAUAAAGUUUCAUUUAGC